AUGAAUGAUCUCUCAAUGCAAACGCUCACUAAGCAAAAAUGCCAGUGCAUCAUCUGCCAACGCUCCGACGCGCUAAUUCGACAAGACGACAAAAUGAAGACUACAAAGAUCUGUGUGAUGGUCUUAAAAGCUCUUCAAGAACUGAACCCAACACAAGAAUAUUUCUCAUUGAAGGAAGACAUCUUCAAGUUCAUUAAAGCACACUGGCACAUCUUGUCUUUCAUUAAGCCAUUCACUUCACAAAAGUGGAGAAAAGCUAUUUUGGACGCGUUCAACCACUGCACUUCAAUUCAAUCGGGAAAGGGAAUCUGUAAGAGCAGAGGAUUCUAUAAACUCAAAAGCAGUGAAAACUCAAAGGAAAGUUCCGUCGAAGCACCUCAGUACAAAAACGAACUCAUUAGCUCGGCUAUUAUACUUCAAAAAAGUCUUGAAGAAAACGUUAGAGUCUUGUCUAAUGCUCAGAUGAACUUCUUUGUUUGUCAAAGAGUCGAUGUGAACUAUCACAUCAACAGCUUGAUGUCUUCGAUAUUCAAAACACAAAAGUUCAUCGAGUUCGCUUGCAAUUUGUAA